GCCGGUACAGUGACGUCACCGGAAGCGCCGGAAGUGAGAACGGAGAUUCGGCGGUGACACAGGAAAACGGAGCAAAAUGGAGGAGCUGGGAAUUAUCGCAGAGAAAAGCAGCGGCCAGGAUGAUGCUCCAUCUCUGGUGCCUUCCCGCCCGGUGACAUCCCUCUCUUUCCUAGGCCCAGAGCCAGAGGAUUUGGAGGAUUUAUACAGUCGUUACAAGAAACUGCAGCAGGAACUGGAGUUUCUUGAAGUUCAGGAAGAAUAUAUUAAGGAUGAACAAAAGAACUUGAAGAAGGAAUUCCUGCAUGCCCAGGAGGAAGUGAAACGGAUUCAGAGCAUCCCACUAGUCAUUGGCCAGUUCCUGGAAGCUGUGGAUCAGAACACCGCUAUUGUGGGCUCCACUACAGGAUCGAAUUACUACGUCCGAAUACUGAGCACCAUUGACCGGGAGUUGCUGAAGCCAAAUGCCUCGGUGGCUCUUCACAAACACAGCAAUGCCUUGGUGGAUGUUCUCCCUCCCGAAGCUGACAGCAGCAUUAUGAUGCUCACUUCAGACCAGAAGCCAGAUGUGCUUUAUUCUGAUAUUGGAGGAAUGGAUAUCCAGAAGCAGGAAGUGAGAGAAGCAGUAGAGCUGCCACUGACUCACUUUGAGCUUUACAAACAGAUCGGCAUUGAUCCACCCCGGGGCGUGUUGAUGUAUGGACCCCCAGGAUGUGGAAAGACAAUGUUGGCCAAAGCUGUGGCACAUCAUACCACAGCUGCGUUUAUCCGUGUGGUGGGCUCUGAGUUUGUCCAGAAAUACCUUGGCGAAGGACCGCGCAUGGUCAGGGAUGUUUUCCGGCUUGCCAAAGAGAAUGCUCCCGCCAUCAUCUUUAUAGAUGAAAUAGAUGCUAUAGCAACCAAAAGAUUUGACGCUCAAACAGGGGCCGACCGUGAGGUUCAAAGAAUCCUGCUGGAGCUUCUUAACCAGAUGGAUGGUUUCGACCAGAAUGUCAAUGUGAAGGUUAUCAUGGCCACGAACAGGGCAGACACUUUGGAUCCAGCUCUUCUACGUCCUGGCCGUCUGGAUAGGAAAAUCGAAUUCCCUGUGCCAGAUCGCAGGCAGAAACGCCUCAUCUUUUCCACCAUUACCAGCAAGAUGAACCUGUCCGAGGAAGUGGAUCUGGAAGACUAUGUGGCUCGUCCUGAUAAGAUAUCUGGAGCAGAUAUUAAUUCCAUCUGCCAAGAGGCUGGCAUGCUCGCUGUGCGAGAAAACCGAUACAUUGUGCUUGCCAAGGACUUCGAGAAAGCGUAUAAAACGGUGAUCAAGAAAGAUGAACAAGAACAUGAAUUUUACAAAUAGUGUUUCUGAAGCAUAGACCCGCACAGGGCGCUCUGGACCCAUCUCCCCAUUCCUCGCUGCUGCAGUCUGAUUUCUUGCUUUCGUGGAAUGUUAAAUAAAAAUUGUCUUGUUGA